UUAUUUAUUUAUUUCAAAUUUUAGGGCUUUGUAAAGCCAAGCUACCAAAACCACUUUCCCUCUCGUAGAGUGGGAGCUAGUAGCAUUAGCAAUGGCGAACGAACAAGGCAUGAGUGGCUGGACCGAUCUGCUCCAUUCUUCAACGAAGCUUCUCGAACAAGCCGCUCCUUCCGCUCAGUUCCCUCCUCUUCAGAGAAACUUAGAUCAGUUAGAAGCAUUAUCUAAGAAACUCAAAGCUAAAACCCUACGAACUGAGGCUCCUUCUCAAUCUAAUGCUGCCACAAGGCUACUUGCGCGAGAGGGCAUAAAUGCAGAGCAACUUGCACGGGAUCUGAAGUCCUUUGAAUUGAAGACAACAUUUGAGGAUGUUUUCCCUGCUGAGGCAACAAGUGUUGAGGAGUAUUUACAGCAGGUUCAUGAGAUGGCAAUGGUUUCAGCCAUUCAGGAAGCUCAGAAGGAUAACCUUAGAAGCUUUAAUGAUUACAUGAUGAAAGUUUUGGAGGAGGACUGGCAAAAGGAAAAACGUGAUUUUCUUCAGAGUUUAAGCCGAAUUUCAACAUUGCCUCGGGCUAACGUGAUGAAUACUAGGGGUUCUCAUCCAGGUCAAAUUGUGUCCAUUGCAUCUAACCAUCAAGUUUCACCUGGCCCAUCUACUAUGGAUCUUGUACCUCUAGGUAACAAGCCUAUCCUUGAGAAAAAGGCAUCAGUCUAUGCUGAAGUUGUGAAGAAUCUAAAUAAUGCAAGGGAGCGUGGUUUGCCAUUUAAGCCCGCUACAGCUUUCAAGGGCGCUUAUGAAAGUUUGGGCCUUGAGGGAUCUAGUGGAAAAUCUGUUAACAUGCAGAAGAUCUGGCACCUCAUUCAGAUGUUGAUGGGUGAGGAUUCAACUGUGCAACGAAAUGUUUCAAAAAAGAUGUCAUUAGUCAUUGGUGCAAGGCGCCACCUGGAAUGGGGGCAUGAGAAAUAUAUCAUGGAUACAAUACAAAGUCAUCCUGCUCAGGCUGCUCUUGGUGGGGCUGUUGGAAAUUUGCAAAGAAUUCGUGCCUUUCUUCGGAUUCGUUUAAGGGAUUAUGGAGUUCUAGAUUUUGAUGCUGGUGAUGCUCGUAGACAACCUCCUGUUGAUACCACCUGGCAGCAGAUCUAUUUUUGCUUGAGAACUGGAUUUUAUGAUGAAGCAAGAACUGUUGCUCUGUCAUCCCGUGCUUCACACCAAUUUGCUCCCCUGCUUACAGAGUGGACCAAUACUGGAGGGAUGGUAUCAUCCGAGACUGCAGCUGCUGCAACAGACGAAUGUGAAAAAAUGUUAAGACUGGGUGAUCGAGUGGGCCGAGCCGCAUAUGAUAAGAAAAAGUUAUUGCUGUAUGCUCUCAUAUCUGGUUCUCGCAAGCAAAUUGAUCGUCUGCUUAGAGAUCUACCAACUCUGUUCAAUACUAUAGAGGAUUUCUUAUGGUUCAAACUCUCUGCUGUACGGGACUACCCAAGUGGAGCCUCAUCCAUUACUCUGAAUGAGGGGUUGGUACCAUACAGUUUGGACGACCUACAGGUCUACCUGAACAAAUUUGAUCCAUCAUAUUACACAAAAAAUGGAAAGGAUCCUUUGGUAUACCCUUAUGUUUUGCUCUUAAGUAUCCAGUUGCUGCCAGCUGUCAUGUACUUGUCUAAGGAAAUGGGAGAUGAAGGAUAUAACAUUGAUGCUGCCCACUUUUCAAUUGUGUUGGGAGACCAUGGGGUCCUUUCUGAAGGUGCCAGUGCCGGGCAAAAACUGGGAGUGAUGGAUGCUUAUGCUGAGGCGUCUAGUAUGAUUCGGCAGUAUGGAUCUGUAUACUUGCGUCUUGGAGAUCUAUCAAUGGCAUUAGAAUAUUAUGCACAAGCAGCUGCUGUGGUGGGUGGUGGACAGCUAUCAUGGACUGGAAGAGGUAACGUGGAUCAGCAAAGGCAGAGAAGCUUAAUGUUGAAGCAACUUCUUACUGAGCUGUUGUUACGGGACGGUGGGAUCUAUCUUUUACUGGGCUCAAGAGGUACAGGAGAAGAAGGUGAGUUGGGAAGGUUUUUGAAUGAUGCAAAAGCUAGACAUCAAUUUCUGCUUGAAGCUGCUCGUCGGUGUCAGGAAGCUGGGCUUUAUGACAAAUCUAUAGAAAUUCAGAAGAGAGUUGGGGCUUUUUCACCGGCACUGGAUACCAUCAAUAAGUGCCUCUCUGAUGCAGUAUGCGCUUUCUCACAUGGUAGAUUAGAUGGUGAUAGCCGGACCGCUGGCCUCAUCCAUUCUGGCAAUGAGAUACUGGAGACAUAUAAAUAUUAUCCUGAAGUCAGAUCACCUGAAUAUCUGUCCAGUCCUCAAGAGAGAGAGCAUGUUUUGGAGCAACAAACUGUGUUAAGACAACUUGAGGCAAUAUUAUCAAUCCACAAGUUGGCAAUAAUGGGCCAUCAUCUAGAUGCUUUAAGGGAGGUUGCCAAACUUCCAUUUCUUCCAUUAGAUCCACGAGUGCCAGAUAUUACUGUUGAUGUGUUCCAGAAUUUAUCUUCUCAUGUACAAGCUUGUGUUCCGGAACUUCUGAAGGUUGCUCUCACCUGCCUGGACAAUUUGACAGAUACUGAUGGAUCACUCCGUGCAUUGAGGGCUAAGAUUGCAAGCUUUAUUGCUAAUAAUUUGAAUAGGAAUUGGCCUAGUGAUCUGUAUGAAAAGGUCGCCCGAAGCUUGUGAAGCACACAAAGCAUAGCAGAUUGAGAUGUCCCGAUCCGUUCUGGCAAAUUCAAUGGUGUAUUGGAUUGAGGCAUCAAGUUUGUAGCUUUUCUGUAAAGAAAGUCAUUCAAGAUAGGCAAUCUUACCAUGCUGACCAAUGUGGUGUGAGAUGUUAAUACAUACGUUGGUUAUGAAUUUCUUGGCACUUUGUUUUA